AUGGAAAACACAGACUGGUUUACCCUGCCCGAUGGGCACAAACUGUACGAAAGAACAUGGGAGGCCCCUUCUCCGCGCGCCCAUCUCCUCAUUCUCCACGGCUACAGCGACAAGUCCGACAGCUACAAUGACUUUGCCUCGGCCCUGACCGCAUCGUUCCCAGUCCGCAUCACAGCUUUUGACCGUCGCGGAUGGGGGAAGAGUGUCCAUAAAUCAUCACACAAAGGUCUCACAGGCCCGGCAACCCAGAGCCUCGACGAAGUCAACCGAUACAUCCACCACCUGCGAUCGAAAUACUCUACCGAAAACAUCCCCCUCUACCUGCUCGGCCACAGCAUGGGCGGCCAGGAAAGCCUCUACUAUAUCCUCCAACAAUCCCUGCCCCCAUCCGACAUUCCCGACCAACGACCGCACAUCUCCGGCUUAAUCCUCGAUGCACCGUAUGUCGGCCUCGACCCCGAAGUCCACGUUCCCCAACUGCAGGUGUUUUUCGGGAAAUUGCUUUGUCCCCUCUUGCCCUGGUUCCAGGUGAAGAAUGAAAUCGACCCGACCGCUAUCUCGCGGGAUCCGGUCGUGAGAGAGAAUUUCGCGACUGAUCCCUUGUGCCAUAAGACGGGGACUUUGCAGGGGUUUAUUGCUAUGUAUCCGGUCCCGGAUGGAUUGAAAACAUCGCUCUCCAUCCCGGUCUUCUGGGCGCACGGAACAGGCGAUAAGGUGACCUCGUUUACCAUCUCGAAGAACUUGUGCGAGAGACUGGAGAUUGAAAAUAAGGAAUUCAAGGCGUACGACGGAUGGUAUCACAGUUUGCAUCUUGAACCGGAUGGCAUGAAGGAGCAGUUCGCGAAUGAUGUGGGAGAGUGGAUUAUGCGCUCGACUGAGGUAUAG